AUGUCUCGGUAUUCUGAAACAAGUAGUCGAACAAAAUCUCCCUUCGUCCAUGGCAAAUGUAGAUGUGGUCUUGAUGCACCAUUGAUGACUUCAUGGACUGAUGUUAACCGAAGACGUUGUUUUUACGGGUGUGGGAUGUACGAGAUUCAGAGGUACAAACGAUGCAACUAUUUUGUUUGGUAUGAUGAAGAGAUGUGUCUAAGAGCAAAAGACAUGAUUUCAACACUGAUUCAGAGAUUGAAUAAUGCAAAGGUCAAAAUCGACGAAUAUGAAUUGAAUAUGAAGAUCAAGUAUUUGAAGUUUUCGAUUUCUAUCAUUAUUGUGUUUGUAUUAGGACUAGUUUCAGGAUGCGUUUUGAAGUAG